AGAAGAAGGAGAGAAGAGAUUUGGAGGGAAAUGGAAAUGGAAAUGGAAAUGGAAAUGGAAAUGAGAGGAAAAGAUGAGAUAGAAGUGGGAGAAGACUUAACUCCUUCCCUUCCACCCCUUUCCUUCUCUCUCAACGAUUCCCUCCUCUUUUCGCACUGCUCCGCCUGCUUUUCCCCUCUCCCUCCACUUUUCCAUCCCCUUUUCCCUCCUCCUCCUCCUACUCUCCUCUACUGCUCCUCACAAUGCUCAAAUUACGAUUCUACCCUCCACCACUCCAGCGCCGAAUCCCAACUCCUCCACCUCCUCCGAUCACGUCCCUCUCUAUUCCCCCACUCCGCCGACACCUCCGAUCUCCGCCUCGCCCUCCGCCUCAUCACCGUCACCAUCAUCCAAUCUCACUCCGAUCGCAUCGCAGGCUUACUCACCAACCGCCAUAAAUUAACGGCCAGUUUUGGCUCUUGUGACGAGAUUCUCCUGAGAAUUUCGGACGGAGCUAGGGCUAUGGCAUUGGCUAGGAGAAUGAUGAUGAGAGACGGUUUUAAUUUCUCCGAAGACGAGAUUUUGAUCGAGGAUGAUGUUCGGUUGGAGGAGGCGGCGCUUUGCUUGGUGCUAACGAACGCCGUGGAGGUGCAGGAUAAUAAGACUGGGCGUACUCUUGGAGUUGCUUUGUACGGUCAGAAUUUCAGUUGGAUCAACCAUAGUUGUUCUCCCAAUGCUUGUUACAGAAUUUUGUUGCCUUCCGAGAUCGAAACGUUGCCGUUUUCCCCUGAGGAGACUCCUUUGAGAAUUUCCCCUUACUGUUCCGCUGAAGAAGAAGAAGAAACUCAAGUGGUGAGAAUGAAGAAUAGUGUUUGUAGCAGUGAUUUCUUGAAUAAAGAGUUUCAGGUUUGUUAUGGACCAAGAAUGAUAGUUAGAAGCAUCAAGAGGAUAAAGAAAGGGGAGGAAGUGACUGUGGCUUACACUGACUUGUUACAGCCCAAGGAUAUGAGGCAGUCGGAGUUGUGGUCCAGGUACCGUUUCAUCUGCUGUUGUCGGCGAUGUAAUGCAUUUCCUUCAACUUUUGUGGAUCAUGCAUUGGAGGAAAUUUCUGCUGUUAAUGCUCAUUCUUCAUGUACCAGUAGUGACUUUGAUAAAGACAAGGCAACUGAAAUGUUGAAUCAAUAUAUAGAUGAUGCAAUAGCAGAUUAUUUAUCAGUUGGUGAUCCCCAAUCUUGUUGUGAGAAGCUUGAGCAUGUUUUAACUCAAGGUCUCUUCGAUGAGCAUUUGGAAUGUAAAGGAAAAGCACCUCAGCCAACUUACUGGAUGCAUCCUCUUCACCAUCUUUCUUUAAAUGCUUACACAACGCUGGCUUCAGCAUACCAAAGCCGCUCAAAAGAAUUAUUUGCUUCGUUACCUGAAACCAACAAACAUCUGUGUGAAGCUUUUGAUAUGGGCAGGACCAGUGCAGCAUAUUCCUUACUGCUUGCUGGCGCAACAAACUAUCUGUUUCAACUUGAACCUUCUCUAAUCGCUUCUGCUGCAAAUUUUUGGGCUGGUGCAGGGGAAUCCUUGUUAGAUUUUGCUAGAAGCUCAAUCUGGAGUAAGUGUUUGCCUGCAUCAAACCUCUCUUCUUUCACAAAAUGUAAACGCCCAAAGUGCUCGUUGAGAGAGAAAGUCAUCCAAAUUCGCACCAGCCAACUCAGAAAGAGAGAAACCAAUCUGUUGCACGGUCAAACUCAAUUUUCAGAUUUUGAGAAUUUAUCAAGCCAGUUCCUCAAUUGUAUCACUAGUCUUACCACAGAGAAAGCUUGGCUUUUUCUCACUCGCAAUUGUAGUCAUUUGAAAGUAUUUAAGGAUCCCUUAGACUUCAGUUGGCUGGCUACCGAAAGAUUUUUCAAUUUGUGGGAGUGUCCUAUUCAUUGUAGUGACAACAAUGAAACUAUUUCUAAACACGAAGCUCAGGAAUUCGGCAACCAUGGAAGAAUACAUCUCCUCCAACUGGGCUAUCAUUGCUUAUUAUAUGGAAGUUAUCUAGGAAGCUUAUGUUUUGGUGAGCAUUCUCAUUUGGUCUGUCAUAUUCAGAAUAUCUUAGAAUGUGAAGAUGGUUUGUAACUUGAUUAACACGAACACAAGAAGGCUUUGCAGAAGUGCAACUAUGUCCCAAGCUUCUCUUGAGCGUUUGGCUUGUGCAAUGAAAGGAAUUAUGUUGGGUGCUGGACAAGGUUUUGAGCCAUCUAUUCUAUAUAUCCUGAGAUCAUACCAAAUGAAUUGAGGUAUUUUCCAUGACAGAUAAGUUUUAGAUUGAUGGUGAUAAAGAGUAUUGUUGCAGUAGGAGUUGUCAUCAUGAUGAGAGAGAGGUUGAGGUUUUGAAUGUGUUCUCACAUCUUAUUUUUUAAUCAAUGGAAUAUAUAUAGAUACAUUUUGAAAUUUAAA